AUGCCUCAUCCCUCUGCGUCCGCCACCGAUAACCAGGACGGCUUGCCUAUCGUGCGACUCGAAGAAGAUGCUCGACGUGAAGGCCGUUCUCGCGGCCGCGCUCAAAUACGAGAUAGAGCCGGCUAUUGUGCUCGCCAAAAUGCCCUUAUCGACCCGGACCUCAUCAAACUCAAACCAUUUGGGACCUUCCUUGUCGCAUAUCACUUCGGCCUGAAGGAGGCAGUGCUCCUCGCAGCGCAACACGCGCUCAUGGUUCCCGACCUUACCGACUAUCUCGCGGAAGUUUCCCCUUCACCGGAACUGGAUGGCAUUCACGGAACAGCCAUGGUGAGGCUCAUGCAGUGGGCCGAAGUGUGCAAGGCGGCAGCAAUGAUGCUGGUGUUCGACAAAUAUUGGUGGCAGAAUCAGGUUAGGCAGUCGGUAUACCGUCUCUGUGCUGCAUGCCUACCCUUCAAUGCGCGCCGCGGCGACCCUUACGAGGUGUUGCAAAUCGAUGAGGAGCUUGUCAGUGGAAUACUGGGGGACCUACUGAGUGAAAUGCCAUGCAAACAUCCGGAUCUUCCAGAGCUCCUCCUAUGCCUGACCAGCGGCUCCAUAUUCAAGCGGUAG